AUGGAGGCGACUUUUGAACUCCCCAUCAUGUUCCCUGCCGACCGGGACAUGGACGAGCCGGACAGCAUCGCGAUGCCCCGGGCACGGCCGCAGCAGGGAGACCAUUCGGCUGCAUCGCAUGCCGGAUCUCCACGAGAGUCUUUUGAAAACACGGCCCCAAAAGUCAGAAAACAAGGCGGGCGAAUCCCAUCAAUAGCAAAAUCUGAAGCCACCGGCUUGGCUCGGAGCAAGGGCUCCCUCCGCGACGCAAAAAACAAGCGAGCCUCGGAUCGCCACGCCCCGCGACCCGGAGCACGUCUGCGCACGCGCAUCGCGUCCAACAACUCCACGCCUAAGUCGCUGCUGCCAGUAACCGAGCGCCGAAGCCAGGAGGAGAACAAGGCUGACCGGCGGGCCACCACCGACGGUGGUGACUCCGACAUCGCUCCGGAUGGCUCCUCGGCCGGUCGAGAGUGUCGCCAAUUUAUCGUGUCGAACGUGGGAAACAACGGCCGUAUCUACCUGAGGCCAACUGUUCGACCAGCACACUUGCGCUUCCCUCAGCCCAGCUUUGUCUUCCCUAUGACGCCACCCAGCACCGCAGGACUGGACGUCCUCGUACCAGACACAGACAGACGCGACGAACAACAGCAACAGCAACAACAAUGGGCGCAGUACCCGCCACAAUUAUCACCACUCGACGACUCUAGCUUUCUUUAUGGCAGCGACUACACCCCAGACGAGUUCUCCCCGACGACUGCGAGAAAAAACCAUCUCGGCAACCCCCCUGCGGCUUCUCGUCGUUCGCUUGGUCGCGCUGGCAGCGGCCACCGUCGUGCUAUCUCAGACUCGACUGUUCGUGACGCUAGCAUUGCUCACGAGUCUGACCCAGGUGGCUUCAAAAUCGUCAUCACACAACCAGCAGACAUGGCCAGGGCCAAGACGGUCGAAGAUCUCGAGCAGAAAGACCCUUCAGCACUUAUCGAAAUCGCCAUUCCCACUUGGAAGCUGGGCACGCCACGUUUUACCCCCCGAGGGACUCCUAUGUUGCGCGGUUCUUCGUAUGCCUCGACAGAGGAAGUUCGCUCCAGCAGACGUUCCUACCAAGCUAUUGGCCAUCUACCGCUGCGAACAGAGGACAUGUCUCCCCGCCGUCUGAACUUUGCCGAUGGCCGUAUUGGCGAAAUAUCGUACUCAUUGCCCACGUCGCCACGCAUGCGGCUACACAGCAGACCAGAGAGCGUCCCUGUUCUCGAAUCUCACCAGUCCAACUACUUCGACAUCGACCCGUCCAUGUUCGACGCUCUCACAUUCAAGCCGGCCUGCGACGAUCGUUCCGUCGUCCGCUUUUCCCCCGCAACCGGCUCCAUUGCAGCUGCCACGCCGCCCCGACUCGUCGCUGAGAUUACUUCGCCCAAAUUCAUGGACUACGACCUCGUCUCCGAUUUCUUCCUCACAUACCGCGCCUUCCUGGAUCCUAACGAUCUCCUCCGCAUGCUAGUCGCUCGUCUACGCUGGGCAGUCAACCGGGAUGAUGAGGUCGGUACUGUGGUUCGCGUGCGCACCUUUGUUGCUCUGCGCCACUGGAUUCUCAACUACUUUAUGGACGACUUUGUUAUCGACUACGAGCUGCGCCUUCUUUUCUGUCGGUUGAUUAACACCCUCGUUGACGACCUGGCUCAGGGGGAUAGCGCCUGCAAGGUUCCCUUGAAGAUCCUGGCCGAGUUGAAGAAGUGUUGGCGACGGUCUUGCGCUCAGUACUGGGACGGGGCCGAAUUUGAUGACUCCGUGGGGUCAGAUGUGCCCAUUUCGCCGGGCGGAAUUGCUGGCCACCGCAACCCUGCCCUGGACCCAAGCUUUUGGGGGCAAGCCAUGGCGGGCGAUAUCUACUUGGACGACCCAAACGGCGAGGGCUAUGCGGCGGACUAUGGGCCAUCCGAAACGAUGGACGAGCCGGAAAUGUAUGACGACUUCGGUGCUGGUAGCAAGCGGACCGGCCAUAUUGACUCAAUGAUCCUAGGCGAUCGGCCUGCCACACCCGAAAAUCAAACCCGCUCGACUGGCGUCGCUGCCCGCAGAGGGGCCUCCUCCCCGUUGAGCGUGACGAGUCUCGACUUUGUCUCCUGCUCGUUUCCGACCAAGAACCUGCGUCUCGUCCAGGCUGGCAUGGGCCUUCCACCUGCAGCUCAUCCCGUGGACCCGAGCCUGACUUACAGCAGUGCAGGCCCCGUGGCCACCACACCGCGUGCCCUCAUGGGAAAACGCGUGCGUCCCAGCCAGUCUACAAACUCGCCACACAAGCGGAGCACAAGCCAGACAGAUUCGUUUCGGGAACUUACGGCGGCUUCGGAAAAAUCGAUGCUGAAAGAUACCGACUUUCUGAUGACGCUUCCAUACGCGGGAAGCCUUGUUCGAGGCGCCGUAUUCCCGCCUGGCCAGCCAUAUGUUGAGGUACUUUCACCCAGCACAUACGGCAUGCCCGCUCGCCAGACCACAGUCCUCCAGCGUGAAUCUCUGGAGCCCCUGGACGCGCAAAAACAGAAGGCGUCAGCCAUGUCUGGCCAGGGCAUGCGGAGACUGCUGGGUGGUGUUCGCCGGGCUCUCAGUACAAGAGGCCAACCCAUCUCUUCGACAAACGGCAACUACAUCAACAUCUCGCCUAUUGGCCCACGUGGGGCCACCAUCAACCGUCUUCCCGGCACAGCCAUCGUACCGCAAGCUCGGCCGCGUUGCAACGGGGUUCGCUCUCCCGUCCGAAUCGAUCUUCUUGGUGCCAAGAUUGCAGAAGACUUCAGAAUGGCGUUGCGCGAGAAUGCCUCGGCUGGAACGUCCAAGCAGGACGACGACAGCGUGCUCAAUCUUCCGAUUCAGAUGCUGCCAGAAGAGAAGCCGAGCAGUCCGACUCCGGCGGCGACGUAUUCUGGCAGCAUUUUGCCCGGCUUCGACGGCCAGGGGAGGGACAAUUAUCGACCUACCAGAGACACCGGCAUCACGACUGGUAGCAAGUCCAUCCUGAUUUUCGACGACACGCUGGCGCUUGACUUCCCUGUCAUGACCGGGGCUUUGCCGGCGUCAGGUCUAACUCUUGAGGCGUUUGGUGCCGAUCCGACACCACCGACAACGCCACCAGGCCAGGCUGUGGGCACUCCCAGACGAUCGUCGUACAUCUUGGGAUCACGGGCUUUGCACCCACGGCCGCGCACCGAACCCCUCCCGCCCUUCGUCCCGGAUAUGGACACCCUGGGCGGUCUGUCCCGUUCGAGCGUCCAAGGAGACGACGUCAUGAUUCCGUCGUCGGAUUUGAUCGAUUAUCUGACAGGGGAUGCGGCGUUUGGGCAUCAGCCUGCUGGGUCUGUUACAUCUAUCCCGUCCGUGACGUCUGUUCAGUCGGUGGUGUCACUCGACAUUGGGGAUGAGGACAGUCAUGAGGCAGAGGACAAAGAAGCGGACACAUUCAACACGGCCUUGUCGCCCGUUGCCCGUGUGCCGCCCCGAUGGACGCGUGGCCAUGCGAGGCAGAUCUCUAGCCGAUCUUAUGUGUCGAGCCAGUCGUUCGGUCGACAGCGAUUCGCAUCCCUAUCGGGCGACAAGGCAGCGCGUUCGACCCUUCUGAGCUUUGAUGCCACAACAUACUCUGAAGCAUCUAUCGCCGAGUCGACUGAGACAACGGGACCCCGGCCUCUCCGUGUCCUGCGGAGGCGCCCGGGAGGUGACUUGAGAGCGGUGAAGAACGUAGGCGAUCUGGACACGGGGCUGCUUCGGCGGUCGCGGUCCGUCGGCUCGCUGACAGCGUACACGGACUCGAUUCGCAGCUCACACAUGCGCAGCCAAGCGCCCGACUCGGCCAACUUUAUCGGCGUGGCAUCUCAGGACUUUGCCCAUGCACCACGGGACCAACCGGACAGAUUUUCGGUCGGGAUGCUCACAGAGAAGAAGCCGAAGCGGCAGGUCUCGAUGUUCAGCACGCACUCGUCCAAGCCGAUGAUGCGGCCGUCUUUCGAGGCGGAAGCGCAGAAGUUGGCGCAGAUUCCAGACGAGGCUGAGGAGGAUGUCGGGGUGGAGGCGGCCCUGCUGAAGCUGGAGGGCCGGUUUGAACCGAAGUCGCUUAGGCUCUCGAUAGAUUUAUCACCAGCAGAUGAGUCGAGGCUGAGGAGAGCAGUAGCUCCUCCGCUGAGCGGCCUCAUGGCACCGCCGGCUGUGGCUCAGGAAACACAGAUGGCGUACCAGAUGCGACACGCCGACGUGAGCGACCUGGACUCUGAAUACGCUACGACCGAGGGAAGAAAGUCGGCGGCUGCGUCGCCUCCUCCAGAAGUGAGGCCGGCAGUGGUGCCGCGCAGGGCUGAAGAUCUGCACUCAUUCCUGUCGGAGUCUGGCGAGUCGUACUCGUCGGUACCUCUGCUGGACCGCGGCCUGACGGACGAUGGGCGAAGCAGGAGAGCAGUGACGGAUGAGUGGGGCAACCGAUCGGUCUUUGACGCGGACGACAGCUCGUCAACUCCGACUCCGACAGCAGCAGGCGGUGAGCCGACAGGGUCUCGGUCGUACAACGCGUCGUCGUAUGAAAUGGUCUGCAAGACGAUCAGCCUCGAGAAGAUGCGGGCAGGCGACACGAUGCCAGGCAGUCCGAGCCAGCGUACGGAGCUGUCGUCGUUCCUGGACGACGAGAGCGACGGUGCGAGCGACCUGUCCUCGGAAAUGUCGGCCGACCUCGACAGGGAAGACGAGGUGGAUAUGUACGGACAGGUGCGGCAGCGGCUGGGCAGGUCGGACACAGUAGUAUCACGAUUGCCAGCACACGCGCUCGGCGACCCGGAGCUCGAGCCGGUACGAGCAUCGCAGACAGACAUGCGGGACGGGGCGACGCGCAGCCGGCCGCCAAGUCCGCCGAUGACGCUCGUGCAGGCGCUGCGGAUGUCGCCACAGACGGCAUAUGCGUCCGAGAUGCCGGAGAUGCCAGAGCAGCGGCCGUGGUCGAAGAAGCGGCCGGCGACAGCGCCCGAUACUGCGAUUCUGAGAGGGUUCAAAUCGGCAAGCCACAGCUCGCACCAGAGCCAAGGACCGGAUCUGGGGCUGCUCGAAGGAGGAGCGAUUAGCCAGAGCAAAGCUGGCGGGCCAUCGACGGAGACGGGACGCAAGCUGUCGGUGCACCUGCCGUUCAUCCUCGCGUUCGAGUCGGAGAUGCUUGCACAGCAGCUGACGCUGAUCGAGAAGGAUGCGCUGCACGAGAUCGACUGGAAGGAGCUGAUCGAGAUGCGAUGGAAGGACGCGGAAAACAGCAACGCGCGGUCGUGGGUGGAGUUUCUGCGCAGCACCGAUGCACGCGGCGUGGAGGUGGUGAUUGCACGGUUCAACAUCAUGGUCAAAUGGGCGAUUUCGGAGGUGGUGCUGACGCAGAACGAGGAGGAGCGGGCGCGCUGUCUGAUCAAGUUUAUCCACAUUGCGGAACACUGCCGGCGGUACCGCAACUUUGCGACGAUGAGCCAGAUCACGAUGGCGCUGACGAGCAACGAAGUCAACCGAUUGAGCCGGACAUGGAGUCUGGUGCCGAAGCGAGACGAAAGCACGUUGCGCGACCUGGAGGCGCUGGUGUCGCCAACACGCAACUUUUACAGCCUGCGGGCCGAGAUGGAGGCCGUGGGCAUUGACAAUGCCGACGCCGGCUGCAUCCCGUUUGUCGGCAUCUACACACAUGACCUUCUUUUCAACGCACAGCGGCCAUCGGAAAUUGCCGGCUCGCCAACGACGGCACCUCUGGUCAACUUUGAGCGUUGCCGCAUGGCUGCCGGCACAGUCAAGACGCUGUUGCGUCUGGUCGAGGCCAGUGCUCUGUACAGCUUCCAGCCCAUCGAGGGUGUCACCGAGCGCUGUCUGUGGAUGAGCGCGCUGUCGGACGAGGCCAUUCGGAAACAUUCCGAGGCGUUGGAGUAG